AUGAAUGAGGGGAAUGAGAACGAUGGUGUUGCUGAUAAUGGCAUGAAUGAGGGGAAUAUAAGUGAUGGGGCUACUGAUAAUGGGAUGGAGGAGGAUAAUGUGAAUGUUGGUGUUGCUAAUAAUGGUGUUAAUGAGGGGAUUAAUGGGAAUGUGAAUGUUGGUGCUGCUGAUAAUGGUGUUAAUGACAAUAAGAAUUAUGGAAGUGUUGCUAACAAUAUGAAUGAUGAUGGCUAUGAGGUGAAUAAUGAGAAUGAAGGUGCUGAUGGUGAUAAUAGAGAUAGAAAUGAGGAUGAUGUAAACACAACCACAGAAAAUAAUGAAGUUGGAAAUUGUGGUGAUAAGUUAACAGAUAGAGACGUGCUUGAUCUAGGUAAUUGGGAAACAAUUGAUAAAAAACUUGUUGAUUUUUUGGUAGAGAAGGGUCCGGAAAGAGUUGAAAAUAUCAUAUUCCCUAGAGAUGCCAAGAACGAUUGUUUCUCUAGCUAUCAUUACUUUCGGAAAUUGAGCAAUUUUGAGAAACAAUAUAGAAGAUGGUUAGUGUAUUCGAAAACUUUGGACAAGGUAUUCUGUUUUUGUUGUAAACUGUUCAUGAAAAGGGAAAGUAAUUAUCAGUUGUGCAGUACUGGGUUUAAUGAUUGGAAUAACCUAAGUGGAAGACUCGCAAGUCAUGAAAACUGUGGAGUGCAUCAUCGUUGUAUGUAUGAUUGGCUUGAGUUGGAAUUAAGAUUGAGAAAGGAAAAAACUAUGGACAAAAGAAUACAAGAAAAGAUCAACAAAGAGAGAAAACAUUAUAAUGAAGUAUUGGAGAGGAUGAAGGAUGAAGUGUUGUUUCUAGCGAAGAAUGAUUUAGCAUUUCGUGGCGAUAGUGGGAAAGUUUAUACAAAAAACAAUGGUAACUUCUUAAGCUUUAUAGAGACACUUGGAAAAUAUGAUCCCGUGUUAAAGUAUCAUCUGGAGAGCAUUGAAAAGAAUGAAAUGCUACUCAUUAUCUCAGCCACAAGAUUCAAAACGAACUGA